AUGGCGGCCAUCAUGCGUUAUAACAUGGUGGUGAGGGUUCCAGUGGAGAGUUGUGAGCAGUACACGAGCUGUGGAGAUUGUCUAGGCUCCAGGGAUCCUCACUGUGGCUGGUGUGUCCUUCACAAUGUAUGUUCUCGUAAGGACCGGUGUGAGCGGGCGGGAGAGCCCCAGAGGUUUGCCUCCGACCAGAGACAGUGUGUGGAGCUCAGCGUUCAGCCCAAAAAUAUCUCCGUCACCAUGUCUGAAGUCCAGCUGGUGCUCCAGGCUCGCAACGUGCCCGACCUGUCUGAAGGGGUCAACUGCUCCUUCGAGGACUACGUGGAGACGGAGGGACGCAUCCAGGGCGGGCGCAUUUACUGUUUCUCCCCCUCCGCCCGAGAUGUCAUCCCCAUCACCAGGAACAAAGGUGACAAGAGAGUGGUGAAGCUCUAUCUCAAGUCCAAGGAGACGGGCAAGAAGUUUGCCAGCGUCGACUUCGUGUUCUACAACUGCAGCGUUCACCAGUCCUGCCUGUCCUGUGUGAACGGUUCGUUCCCUUGCCACUGGUGUAAAUACCGCCACAUGUGUACCCAGAAUGCCAAUGACUGCUCUUUCCAGGAGGGACGCGUCAACAUCUCUGAGGAUUGUCCCCAGAUCCUGCCCUCCACCCAGAUCUACAUCCCAGUAGGGGUGACAAAGCCCAUCACCCUGGCUGCCAAGAACCUGCCCCAGCCCCAGUCUGGCCAAAGGAACUACGAGUGUGUCUUCCACAUCCAGGGGGAGACCCAGAGUGUCACUGCCCUGCGGUUCAACAGCACUUCCAUCCAGUGCCAGAAGACCUCGUAUAACUAUGAGGGCAACGACAUUAGCGAUCUGCCGGUGGACCUGUCGGUGGUGUGGAACGGCAACUUUGUCAUUGAUAACCCCUACAACAUCAAAGCUCACCUGUAUAAGUGCUACGCGCUGAGAGACAGCUGUGGGAUGUGUCUUAAGGCGGACCCCAGGUUUGAGUGCGGGUGGUGCGUUCAGGAGAAGAAGUGCUCCCUCAGGCAGGAGUGCACCCCUCCGGAGAGCAGCUGGAUGCAUGCCACCACCGGCAACAGCCGCUGUGCACACCCCAAGAUCAUCAAGCUAUAUCCAGAGACCGGGCCCCGACAGGGAGGGACCAUGCUGACCAUCACAGGGGAGAACCUGGGCCUGCAGUUCAAAGAUAUCCAGAACGGGGUGCGCAUCGGCAAGGUGGCCUGCAACCCUCAGGAGGACCAGUACAUCAGCGCUGAGCAGAUUGUGUGUCGGCUGAAUGAUGCAACGGGUUACAGGGUGCAGGAGGCUCAGGUGGAGGUGUGUGUGAGGGACUGCAUACACCCUGACUACAAAGCUAUAUCAACCAAGGCCUUCACCUUUGUGUCUCCGUACUUCACCCGUGUCCAUCCAUCCAACGGGCCGCUGUCAGGAGGCACUACGAUCACCAUCGAAGGCAGUCACCUCAAUGCGGGCAGCGCCGUAGCAGUAAAGAUAGGGCUACACUCCUGCCGAUUUGAGAGGCGGGGCAGCAAAGAGAUAGUGUGCGUGACUCCGGCAGGCCAGGCCCCGGGUACCACCCCUGUCAUGGUGGACAUCAACGCCGCUGAGCUGAGGAACCCAGAGGUCAAAUUCAAUUACACCGAUGAUCCCACCAUCCUCAAGAUCGAGCCAGACUGGAGCAUUGCCAGUGGAGGGACCCUGUUGACCAUUACCGGAACCAAUCUGGCAACCAUCAAGGAGCCCAGAAUGAGAGCCAAGUAUGGAGCAGCCAAGUCAGUCAAUAACUGCACGGUGGUCAACAACACGGUGAUGGUGUGUCUGGCACCCUCUGUGGCCAACUCAGAAAAGGCCUUCUCAGAGGCGGGAAGUGGCCCUGAUGAGAUCGGCUUUGUGAUGGAUGAUGUGCGCUCUGUGCUGGUUGUCAACGAGACCUUCAGCUACUACCCCGACCCUGUGUUUGAGCAACUGAGCCCCACAGGCAUGCUGGAACUGAAACCAAGCUCACCUCUCAUACUGAAGGGCCGUAAUCUGAUCCCAGCUGCCCAAGGUAACGCUAAACUGAACUACACAGUGCUGAUAGGGGAGACUCCCUGUGUCCUCACCCUGUCUGAGAGCCAGCUGCUGUGUGAAUGGCCCAACCUGACAGGAGAACACAAAGUCACCGUGCGGGUCGGAGGUUUUGAGUACUCACCAGGGACCCUUCAAAUCUACUCUGACAGCCUCCUCACCCUGCCGGCCAUCAUUGGCAUUGGCGGAGGCGGUGGCUUGCUGCUGCUGGUCAUCAUAGUGGUGCUGAUAGCCUAUAAAAGGAAAUCGCGGGAUGCCGACCGCACCCUCAAACGGCUGCAGCUGCAGAUGGACAAUCUGGAGUCGAGGGUGGCCCUGGAGUGCAAGGAAGCCUUUGCAGAGCUGCAGACAGACAUCCAUGAGCUGACCCAGGAGCUCGACGGAGCAGGCAUUCCUUUCCUGGACUACCGCACCUACGCCAUGAGGGUCCUGUUUCCAGGGAUUGAGGACCACCCCGUGCUCAAGGAGAUGGAGGUCCAGGCAAACGUGGAGAAGGCCCUGACGCUAUUCGGCCAGCUGCUGACCAAGAAGCACUUCUUGCUCACCUUCAUCCGCACCCUGGAGGCACAGCGCUCCUUCUCAAUGAGGGACCGGGGCAACGUGGCCUCCCUCAUCAUGACUGCCCUUCAGGGGGAGAUGGAGUAUGCCACAGGAGUUCUCAAACAGCUCCUGUCUGACCUGAUAGACAAGAACCUGGAGAGCAAGAACCAUCCGAAGCUGCUUCUCAGGAGGACAGAGUCAGUAGCUGAAAAGAUGCUCACCAACUGGUUCACCUUCCUACUUUACAAGUUCCUUAAGGAGUGUGCUGGGGAGCCUCUGUUCAUGCUGUACUGUGCCAUGAAGCAGCAGAUGGAGAAAGGACCCAUAGACGCCAUCACAGGAGAGGCCCGCUACUCACUCAGUGAAGACAAACUCAUCAGACAGCAGAUUGACUACAAGACCCUGACCUUGCACUGUGUGAAUCCAGAGAACGAGAAUGCCCCAGAGGUGACAGUGAAGGGGCUGAACUGUGACACUGUGACUCAAGUCAAAGAGAAGCUUCUGGAUGCAGUGUACAAGGGCACUCCAUAUUCCCAGAGGCCCAAGGCCUCCGACAUGGACCUCGAAUGGCGACAGGGAAGAAUGGCUCGAAUCAUCCUUCAAGACGAGGAUGUGACAACUAAAAUAGAUAAUGACUGGAAGAGGCUUAACACCCUGGCCCACUACCAGGUGACAGAUGGUUCAGUGAUUGCCCUGGUGCCUAAGCAGAACUCGGCGUAUAAUAUCUCCAACUCCUCCACAUUCACCAAGUCCCUCAGCAGAUACGAGAGCAUGCUGCGGACAGCCAGCAGUCCUGACAGCCUGCGAUCCCGCACUCCCAUGAUCACCCCCGACCUGGAGAGUGGCACCAAACUGUGGCACCUGGUCAAGAACCACGACCACUCAGACCAGAGGGAAGGGGACAGAGGGAGUAAAAUGGUCUCUGAGAUCUACUUGACCAGACUGCUGGCCACCAAGGGUACACUUCAGAAGUUUGUAGACGAUCUGUUUGAGACGAUCUUCAGCACGGCCCACCGAGGAAGCGCCCUGCCCCUGGCCAUUAAGUACAUGUUUGACUUCCUAGACGAGCAGGCCGACAAACACUCCAUAUCUGAUGCAGACGUACGGCACACCUGGAAGAGCAACUGUCUUCCACUGAGGUUCUGGGUAAAUGUGAUAAAGAACCCUCAGUUCGUCUUCGACAUCCACAAGAACAGCAUUACAGAUGCCUGUCUGUCCGUGGUGGCCCAGACCUUCAUGGACUCCUGUUCAACGUCGGAGCACAAACUGGGGAAGGACUCACCCUCGAACAAGCUGCUCUACGCUAAAGACAUCCCCAAUUACAAGAACUGGGUAGAGAGGUACUACUCUGACAUCUCCAGGAUGCCCGCCAUCAGUGACCAGGACAUGAGUGCCUACCUGGCGGAGCAGUCCCGCCUGCACCUCAACCAGUUCAACAGCAUGUCCGCCCUGCACGAGAUCUACUCUUAUAUUGUCAAGUACAAGGAUGAGAUCUUGUCAGCUUUGGAACGGGACGAGCAGGCAAGGAGGCAGAGACUGAGGAGCAAGCUGGAGCAGGUCAUUGACACAAUGGCCCUGGCCAGCUGAGGACCAACCACCGCCUUCAUCCUCUCCUCCUCAUCCUCCUCACUCCUCCUCUCCAUCUCUCUAUCUCCCCCACUCCUCUUACCCAGAGAACAAAUACUCCAACCCCCAAUAACACAACAGACAAACUGCAAAGGACCAGAGCAGUACACUGCAAAAUGGGGGGCGUUCGGCAGAGAUGGGCGGGCCUGUGUGUGCAUACGCGCAGGUGUGUGUGUGUCUGUUUGUGUCUGCAGGCCGUGUGGUGUUUGUGCACAUGCUGUGUGAGAGACUGGGAUACUGGACAUUUUCACACAUGCGUACACCAAGACCAUAUGACCGGAAAGCGUUUGGUUAUUUUGGCUGUUGUUGUUUGUGGUUUGCUUUGUCUUUUGAUUUCCGGGAGUUGUACUGUAAUGACGCAAUGUUAAGGACAGCGACGAUGGCAAGAGAAAAGGAACUCCAAAACUGGCAUUGUUAAGCAGAACGGAAUGUUUUUGAACAUGGACCAAUCCGUGACGAGCCAAUGGAAAAUGGCUCCUUGGGUCAUGUGACUCCAGUAGGUGACAUUUAAAAAAAAAGGUGGAUUUUAUUUUUCUUUUUGGUAUAAAUGUAAUCAACUGCCCACUCUCUGAUCUCUCGCCACUUGUAUUACUGCUGAAUUUGCACAAUUUACAGAAAACGUUACAAAGGAAGACUAUAUAGAUAUUAUAUAUAAAUACAGCUACAUUUUUAAAGAAACAAAGAUUAGGGUGAAACAUGUUUGUUUUGUUUUUUUUGGUUUGUUUUAGCCAACAAACUCAAUAAAAAACAACAGUGAAACACAAUUUGAUAUUUCAAAUGAAAAAGAUCAAUGUAGGAAAAAAAAACAAUGAAAAAAGAAACAAAAAAGUUGUCCUGUGCCAUGUUUUCUUUGAAUGUUGUUUAGUGCAAAGACAUUUUGUUAGAUGGAUUGUGCUACCGUAUGAUUUAAAUAUGAACAUGCCUAGUGACUGAAAAGAGUUG